AUGCUGAUCAUAGGACUGGAUAGGGCUUUUAAGGCUCGGGUGGCGCCUGAAAACACCAGAGGACUUUUCUCUCAUUUAUUACUCAACAACAGAUUCAUCAAUGAGGACCGAAUGCCGAAGUCUAAACACAUCGCUUUAGCACUCUGUUUUUUCAAGCUGGUGACACUGUUGGUACAAUUGCUAUUUACCGUCGGCAUCAUCAUGGAAAAAAUAAAUCCUGGCUAUUUUGAUAACACAGAAGAAUCCUUCCUAAAUGACGUUUUCUCUUGGGAUAUCAGCCUAGGAUACGUAACACAUGCGCUUGGAUUGCUGCUUCUAAUUGUGACUCUCAUCUGUGUUGUACUCAAUGUUACAACCAUUGCUGUGGUGUUGACAAAACAGAGGAAAUGGCUCUUUGGUCUUUCCUUUGUUACCAUUGUGCUUGGAGCUUUGAACGUAGUGAUUCUGGGUUUGUUGUGUCAGGUCCUAGACGUGGCUUAUUGCUGCGACAAGUCUCCUGACUGCUCCUACAGAACAGAUGUAGAUGCGGACACAUUCCAACAGUUCUGUACCAAGACAUACAGUAAUGCCAUUCACAAAGUCAUCGGUAUUUCUAUUGCCUACGUCAUCACUAUGAUAGCUCUACAGAUCGUGUGUGUGGUGUUGUCAGACCGAUUAUACAAACGACUUCAAGAGCAAACGGAACAGGAAAAUGAAGCAUCUGGGAUUUUUACGACUGUCUUGAAAUCUGCCACUGACAACAGAUUAAUCAACAAAAAGCGGAUGCCGAAUUAUGCCGGUCUUGUCGCUGUGUUUAUGAUGUUAACGGGAAUAAAACUAGUGAGCGAAGUGGCUGUAUCUAUUGGCAUCAUACUACAGAAGUUCGGUCCGGAAUACUUUCACGCGACAGAGAAGUUCUACCUCAACAGUAUAUACUCUGGGGACCUGACGUUAGGCUACGUCACCCACGUCACUGCCAUCGUCAUGUUCUGCGUCAUCGUCCUGUCGGUGGGACUCGGGGUACUAGGUUUCUUUGCUGUUAUUUAUGGUCAACGGAAACUGAUGUCUAUAAUGGUUAUACUGACCCUGGUACUGGCGGUUAUAGAAGUGAUAUGUGCUUGGGAUUGUUGUUUUCUAGUUCUGUCAUUUGUAAAACUGUGA